AUACAGGAAAUUCUUGAGUUUUGGAUGAACGAAUACGGUGGAGCCAAAAGUGGCUCGACCUCAAAACAAGCAUUUUAUGAGCUUACUAAGGGUGUUAUAAAUGAAUUCAAAGGUAUUUACAUACAUCCUGACCUCGUUCAUUUUGUUGCUGAAUGGUGCUCUGUAAAGUAUGCAUUUUAUGUCAAAGAUAUUAUGGACUCCAUAGACAAGAAAGUUCAUGAGAAAUUAGAUGAAGAAGAACUUGAAGAUACAGUAGAGAAUGCUAAACCUUUGUUUGAAGAAGAAGUUGGAAAAAUGUGCGAAAAACAAUUAGAACAUGAACGUGAGUUAUGUUAUGGUUAUAGAGAUUCUCCAUACGAACUAGACCAAUGGGAACAAG